AUGCAAGAAAACGUUAUACCUUCAUUCAUAAGAGCACAAUUGGAACCAAGAGGCAUAUACCUACGAGAAGACUGGCUAACAGAUACCAUCCAAAGAAUAAGACAAAACCAACCCGACCUACUUGUAGAUUUUGAAAAUAAUCAACAAAACCAAGAAGAUCUUCUCAAAUGGGUAUACUUCCACUUUCUAAAAUCGCAUUUAUGCGACUCCUCAACUCCACGGCUACCACCAAACGUUAAAGCGAUCUCUAAUAAAUGGAUAGCGGAUAAUCAUCAAGGAUUCGUGUUAGAAAUCGAAGAAUGUUUGGAAGUGGGCACGGCCGCACAUAGAUUGUAUAAUAUUAAAAAACAGACAGACGAGGGGUAUUAUCUUCAGGGACACAAGUAUGUUGAGUUAAAAAGAGAGGAGGAUGAUAUGAAUGAUCCGAUGAUUUCUUUCCCGAGAGCUAUCCUGAAAAUGACGUUGACUGAUGGAUACCAAGUUGUUACUGCGAUGGAAGUGAAGUUAAUGCAAAUUGAACAGGGUGGAAAGUUUUUAUCGUUAAGUAUGAACACGCCAAGGGGUACAAAGAUAAUGGUACAUAAUGUCAAAGUGAUUAAAGGCAUCUUAUUGUUUGAUUCUACUAAUGUAAAAUUUAUUGGUGGAAUUGAUGAUGAACCUAAACCACUUGAAGAAUUGGAAGAAAUGUUGUGCAAAAGAUUAGGGAUACAAGUGGCUUCACUUACUCAAAGUAAUAUAAACACCGCUAUUACCGGUACUGCUACAAUAAUCGAAACUGGCGGGAAUAACCUGACAACGGCAACACAAAAUUUCUUUCCACCAAUUAAUGCGCAAGCAACUUCCCAACUGGAAAAUCGGAAUAUUCAAAGGUCAUCAUUAGCAACAACACUGGCUGAUGAUAUAGUUCUUGAAAAUAUUAUAGGAUCUGGUGCACCACCGCUACCAUAUAACACCAGCACGAAUUUUUCUUCAUUUGGAAAGGCGGCAACAAAUACAACACCUAACGACUCUUUUGCACAUUCGCCUAUGAAGAUUAAUUCUCCAUUGAGAAUUGGUGAUGCUGCCGUCACUGCAAAUUCAUCAAUGAGGAUAGGUGCAGAUACACAACUCAUAAAUUCUUUUGGAUACUAUUCAUUGGGCAACAAACAAGAGAAUUCGAUAACUAAUGCUGCUAAUACAUCUAGGACGAACGAUAAUAUUAAUCCUUGGGCUCCAACUUACCCAAACACCGACAUGUCAUUUGUAAGGCCGAACGCUUCUUUUGUCAAUCCAACAUCAUUAUCAUCAUCUAGUACUGCGAAAAAAAGGCCCAUAGAUGACGUGAGUUUUAGCAGUCCUGAAAACUCUCCUAAAAAUUCAGCGAUAAACAAUUCAAUUGUAAGACCGGACAAUGAAAUAACAGCAGAACAUUUAUAUGGAAAUUCUAUGAGCAGCAGUACAGCUAACGACAACCACGCCUCGAAUAAUCCAAAUCAACUAUGCAAAGAACAAGAAUUGAUUGAUAAUAAAAACGAUGUCAAAAAAGAAAGCCACGAAAACAACAGCAGUAACAAUCAUGCAAGUAAACCCCAAGAGAAUUCUUUUGGAAAUUCUAUGAGAAGGACGACGGACGAUGACUAUCUUUUUUCUAUCUUUGGUACAAAAAAAAAACUGCUGCCAUCAUUAUCACUUUCAUCCGAAACUCCAAUUGCUGUAAAAUCUGGAGUUGACCCAUUCGAGCACAUUACCGAUGUUGCUGAUAAUUUACCAGAGCUUUCGCCUGUUUCAUCGUCAUCAGCAGUUAAACAAAACGAAUCUACAUUACUUAUCACACAAACGACAACGCCUAAAAAGCUUUCUAAACAAAGAGAACGCGUUCUAGUCUCUUCAUCUUCGUCAUCGUCAUCUAGAGGUACUAAUUCUUCUGGAGAUCAAGACGAGAGCGCCUUUUCAAGUGCGAAAAAAGAACUUAUGAUUAAAAGCGUAUUUGAAGAUGAAGAAGACGAUUCUUUACCGGAUCCAGAAACUUUGUUAUAUGGUAAACGUACAUCACAAUUGCUCCAACAACACCAACAUCCUCAGAGCCCAAUAACUACCCCCAAUGACCCGACAACUAAUAAUAAUGGUAGCAAUUUAUUUUUGUCUCCCGAAGAAUCAUCUCUUUCUAUCAGACAGCAGAAUGAAGCAAUAAAUUAG